AUGGGACACAGCCGCGCCUCAAAUGAUCCCAGCAAAGAGUCCCCCAACAGCAUGAGACAACACACAACAUAUACACAACAUUCCAGUGUGGCUGUACAGCUAGUCCGACUAGCACAGAUCAAAACCUCCAAAGACAUGCUUGACCCAAGGGCCUCCUCCGCACCAGUCCCGACCCAAGGGCCUCCUCCGCACCAGUCCCGACCCAAGGGCCUCCUCCGCACCAGUCCCGACCCAAGGGCCUCCUCCGCACCAGUCCCGACCCAAGGGCCUCCUCCGCACCAGUCCCGACCCAAGGGCCUCCUCCGCACCAGUCCCGACCCAAGGGCCUCCUCCGCACCAGUCCCGACCCAAGGGCCUCCUCCGCACCAGUCCCGACCCAAGGGCCUCCUCCGCACCAGUCCCGACCCAAGGGCCUCCUCCGCACCAGUCCCGACCCAAGGGCCUCCUCCGCACCAGUCCCGACCCAAGGGCCUCCUCCGCACCAGUCCCGACCCAAGGGCCUCCUCCGCACCAGUCCCGACCCAAGGGCCUCCUCCGCACCAGUCCCGACCCAAGGGCCUCCUCCGCACCAGUCCCGACCCAAGGGCCUCCUCCGCACCAGUCCCGACCCAAGGGCCUCCUCCGCACCAGUCCCGACCCAAGGGCCUCCUCCGCACCAGUCCCGACCCAAGGGCCUCCUCCGCACCAGUCCCGACCCAAGGGCCUCCUCCGCACCAGUCCCGACCCAAGGGCCUCCUCCGCACCAGUCCCGACCCAAGGGCCUCCUCCGCACCAGUCCAGAACCAAGGGCCUCCUCCGCACCAGUCCAGAACCAAGGGCCUCCUCCGCACCAGUCCAGAACCAAGGGCCUCCUCCGCACCAGUCCCGACCCAAGGGUCUCCUCCGCACCAGUCCCGACCCAAGGGCCUCCUCCGCACCAGUCCCGACCCAAGGGUCUCCUCUGCACCAGUCCCGACCCAAGGGUCUCCUCCGCACCAGACCCGACCCAAGGGUCUGACUACCGCCAAGAGCCGUGUCGCCCCCCCCAGACUACCGCCAAGAGCCGUGUCGCCCACCCCCAGACUAGCGCCAAGAGCCGUGUCGCCCACCCCCAGACUAGCGCCAAGAGCCGUGUCGCCCCCCCAGACUAGCGCCAAGAGCCGUGUCGCCCACCCCCAGACUAGCGCCAAGAGCCGUGUCGCCCAGACUACCGCCAAGAGCCGUGUCGCCCAGACUACCGCCAAGAGCCGUGUCGCCCAGACUACCGCCAAGAGCCGUGUCACCCAGACUACCGCCAAGAGCCGUGUCGCCCAGACUACCGCCAAGAGCCGUGUCGCCCAGACUACCGCCAAGAGCCGUGUCGCCCAGACUACCGCCAAGAGCCGUGUCGCCCAGACUACCGCCAAGAGCCGUGUCGCCCACCCCCAGACUACCGUCACGAGCCGCGUCGCCCCCCCAGACUACCGCCACGAGCCGCGUCGCCCCCCAGACUCUCACUCUUUCUUCCCCCCGGGCUGCAACCUCCCCAACUCCUUCUCCAAGGUCCAGAGCCGCCGCCCGACUUCCCCUCCUUGGAAGAACAUUUGUAAUCCUUCUGGCCACAGAUGGGUAAAACUUAGGCUGGCCAUAGAGGGAUAG